CUAAGGCAAUGAUAAAAAACCACGAAAUCAUGAAGGCAAUUACAGCAGUAAUCAUCUCGAUGCUAAUUGCGAAUGUUUGGGCGAGUACCGUCACUUAUUUGGACAGUACCACGGCCACGCCUGAAACUAAAGAAAAUGAUGAUGAUGAUCCCUGGUAUAUGUGGAUUCUAAUCUACCCCGGUACGAAGUGGUGCGGCGCAGGAAACAUCUCGGACACUGAAAACGAUCUCGGUAGCGCACACGAGACGGACGGAUGCUGCAGAGCCCACGAUUACUGCGAUGACACCAUUACGGCCAACGCAACCGCUCACAAUUUAACAAACAACGCCCCUUUCACAUUGUCGAACUGCAAAUGCGAUGAUCAGUUCUACGCGUGUCUCAAGAAGGCCGACACAUCGAAUUCUAGAAGAGUCGGGCGUAUCUUCUUCAACUACUUAGGAACGAAGUGCUUUAGGGAGGAUUACCCUGUUGUGAAAUGCACCAAAAGCAUAUAUUUUCCACGAUACAAAUGCCUCGAAUACGAAUAUGACACCACCAAAGAUAAAAAGUACCAAUGGUUUAAUGUUCCACAGUUCUGAUGGAAUGCAGACUGAUUUUGUAAUUUAUUUACUUAUUGUUCAAUACAAAUAAAUGUGAUUUAUUUUGA